CCGGUGAAGACAUUCAAAAUAAAACAUUGAAAUUAGGCAGGAAGAGUGAAUUCGCGCGGUGUCAAACGGGGCUGUUGUUGUGGUAACGACGUAACGGUGCGUCGCUCUGGGUGUUGACCAUUGACUGGCAGAGCUCAAAGGUUCAAGCGGAGAUUUAAUCGCGACACUUUAGGAAAGGGCGGCACCUCAACGAGCACCACUCAACAACAACUAAGUGUUUUCUUCCCGCGACUCCUGUAACUGUCAACGACAUGGCUGCUCAGUGUGUGACCAAGGUGGAGCUGACUGUGUCCUGUGACAAUCUCCUGGAUAAAGACAUCGGCUCCAAGUCCGACCCUCUGUGUUCUCUGUUAAUGAGCAGCUCUGAUUCCCAGUGGUAUGAGGUGGGACGAACAGAGCAAGUCCAGAAUUGCCUCAGCCCAAAGUUUGCCAAAAAGUUUGUCAUCGACUACUACUUUGAAAUAGUGCAAAAACUGAAGUUUGGGAUUUAUGACAUCGACAACAAAACUGUCGACCUGAGUGACGAUGACUUCCUGGGACAACUGGAGUGCACCCUGGGCCAGGUUGUGUCCAGUAAAAAACUGACCCGACCGCUUGUCUUGAAGAACAAGACCCCUGCAGGAAAAGGGACCAUCACAAUCAGUGCAGAAGAAAUAAAAGAUAACAGGGUGGUGAAUUUUGAAGUUGAAGCAAGGAAACUAGAUAACAAGGAUUUCUUUGGGAAGUCCGACCCUUACCUGGAAUUUUACAAGCAGACAGAAACUGGAUGGCAGCUGGCUCACAGGACAGAGGUGGUGAAGAACAACUUGAAUCCAACAUGGAAACCCUUCCGAAUCCCCCUGCAGUCCCUCUGUGGAGGAGACAUGGACAAACCUAUAAAAGUCGAGUGUUACGACUAUGACAACGAUGGCUCACAUGAUCUAAUUGGAGUAUUUGAGACCACAAUGACACGCCUCAAAGAAGCAUCACGAACAUCUCCGGCAGAGUUUGAAUGUGUCAACAGUAAAAAGAAACAGAAGAAGAAAGGCUACAAGAACUCUGGGGUUGUGGGCGUGAAGCUGUGCCAGGUGGUGAAGGAGUAUACCUUCCUGGAUUAUAUCAUGGGUGGCUGUCAGCUCAACUUCACUGUGGCCAUUGACUUCACAGGCUCCAACGGGGAUCCCAAAUCUCCUCAGUCUCUGCAUUACAUCAGUCCUCAGGGUGUCAACGAGUACCUCUCUGCUAUCUGGUCUGUUGGCAAUGUCAUCCAGGACUAUGACAGUGACAAGAUGUUUCCUGCCUUUGGCUUUGGAGCCCAGAUCCCUCCCACAUGGCAGGUUUCCCAUGAGUUUCCUCUGAAUUUCAAUCCAGCAAAUCCAUUUUGUGCAGGUGUUGAAGGUGUGGUGGAGGCCUACAGGGUAUGUCUGCCCCAGGUCAAACUCUACGGUCCCACCAACUUCUCCCCCAUCAUCAACCAUGUCGCCUGCUUUGCUAAACAAGCCGUCCAGCAGACCACUGCAUCACAAUACUUCGUUCUGCUCAUCAUCACUGACGGAGUGAUCACAGACAUGGAUCAGACACGCAGUGCCA